UCCUACACACGUUGUUACGGUGGAUUUGAAGUGAGAGGGGAGGACCCUAGCUGGUAACAUUUCUAGCUAAGGAUUUUAUGUUGCUGGUUCUCGGCCGUCGGGUUUCUCUGUCAUUCGUAAAACGAGUAAUUCCCCAAGAUCCAGUUUUGUUGUCGAAGCCCAUUUUGCAGAACUUCAGAACUAUCCAAUUCCGAGUAAUACACAGCAGCACCGUCUUCGCAAUCGCCACCAGACAAAAUACAGACACCAUGCCUGAAAGGAGGCCCUUCGUAAGGUUGCCCACUGACGUCUACCCUGUCAACUACGGGUUGUGCUUGAAGCCCGACCUCAUCGACUUCACUUUCGAGGGCAAACUAGAGGCGAUUGUGGAGGUUAACCUGGCCACUAAUCAGAUUGUGAUGAACUGUGCUGACAUCGACAUCAUCACAGCAUCCUUUGUACCAGAGGGAGGGGAAGGUGAGGAAAUUAACGCUACAGGAUUCAACUAUCAAAAUGAGGACGAGAAAGUAACUCUGUCAUUCCCUAGUGCUCUACAGAAAGGAUCUGGUACAUUGAAGAUUGACUUUGUUGGGGAGCUGAAUGACAAAAUGAAAGGUUUCUACAGAAGUAAAUAUGCAACUCCUGCAGGAGAAAUCCGCUAUGCUGCUGUCACACAGUUCGAGGCCACGGACGCUCGCCGGGCCUUCCCCUGUUGGGACGAGCCAGCUAUCAAAGCCACCUUUGACAUCUCUCUGAUAGUUCCCAAGGACCGAGUAGCCUUGUCAAAUAUGAAUGUCAUCGAUCGAAAGCCACAUCCAGAAGAUGACAGCCUUUUGGAAGUGAAGUUCGCCACCACCCCCAUCAUGUCCACGUACCUUGUAGCGUUCGUCAUCGGCGAAUACGACUUUGUAGAAGGCCAAUCGUCGGACGGCGUGACCGUACGCGUCUACACGCCUACCGGAAAGGCGGAACAAGGGAAAUUUGCACUAGAGGUUGCUGUAAAGACCUUACCUUUCUACAACGACUACUUCAAUGUUCCUUACCCAUUGCCUAAAAUUGAUCUAAUAGCUAUCGCUGACUUUGCUGCUGGUGCCAUGGAAAACUGGGGCCUUGUUACCUACAGGGAGACGGCGCUGCUGAUUGACCCGAAGAACUCGUGCUCGUCCUCACGGCAGUGGGUGGCCCUGGUGGUGGGACACGAGCUAGCUCACCAGUGGUUCGGAAACCUGGUCACCAUGGAAUGGUGGACCCAUCUGUGGCUUAACGAGGGCUUCGCAUCAUGGAUCGAGUACCUCUGUGUGGACCACUGCUUCCCUGACUACGACAUCUGGACACAGUUUGUGUCUGCCGACUACACCCGCGCUCUGGACCUGGAUGCGUUGGACAACAGUCAUCCCAUCGAGGUGAACGUGGGCCACCCGUCGGAGGUGGAUGAAAUCUUUGAUGCCAUAUCCUACAGCAAAGGAGCAUCUGUGAUCCGUAUGCUGCACAACUACAUAGGAGACGAGGAUUUUAGGAAAGGAAUGCAUUCCUAUCUGUUGAAGUUCCAACAUAAAAAUGCAGCAACAGAGGACCUAUGGGACUGUCUGGAACAGGCUAGCGGGAAACCCAUCGCCCUGGUGAUGAGCUCCUGGACUAAGCAGAUGGGCUUCCCUAUAAUCGUAGUGGAUCAGGAGCAGCAAGGGGAUGACCGCAUCCUCAAGAUAUCUCAGAAGAAAUUCUGUGCCAGUGGACCACAUAAUGGUGAGGACUGCCCUAACUGGAUGGUACCAAUCAGUAUCUGUACGGGUGAGGACCCCGGCUGUACCAAGCUCAAGGUGCUGCUGGACAGCCCAGAGACCACCAUCACGAUCAACAACGUCAGCCCUGACCAGUGGGUCAAGAUCAACCCAGGAACAGUGGGCUUCUACAGGAUCCAGUACAGCUCAGCCAUGUUGGAGAGCCUGCUGCCUGGUAUCAGAGACCUCACCCUGCUGCCUGUGGACCGUCUGGGCCUGCAGAAUGACCUCUUCUCCCUGUCGCGCGCUGGCAUGAUCAGCACGGUGGAGGUGCUGAAGCUGAUGGAGGCCUUUGUCAAUGAGCCCAACUACACGGUGUGGAGCGACCUGAGCUGCAACCUGGGCGUGCUCUCCUCCCUGCUCUCCCACACCGACUUCCACGAGGAGAUCCAGGAGUUCAUCCGGGACCUGUUCACUCCCAUCGGCCUCAAGCUGGGCUGGGAAUGCAAGCAGGGCGAAGGUGAGCCCCCUGGGGCCGGUGGUCACCUGGAUGCCCUGCUGAGGGGCCUGGUUCUGGGGAAGCUGGGGAAGGCGGGACACAAGCCCACGCUGGAGGAGGCCCGGCGGAGAUUCAAAGACCAUGUGGAAGGCAAGCAGAUCCUCUCUGCAGACCUCAGGAGCCCAGUGUACUUAACAGUGCUGAAGCAUGGCGACAGUGCCACGUUGGAGACAAUGCUGAAGCUUCACAAGCAGGCUGACAUGCAGGAGGAGAAGAACCGCAUAGAGAGAGUGCUGGGUGCCAUCUCUGCCCCUGACCUCAUCCAGAAAGUCCUCACCUUUGCCCUCUCGGAGGACGUGCGUCCCCAGGACACCGUGUCAGUAAUCGGGGGCGUGGCCGGAAGCAGUAAGCAUGGAAGGAAAGCCGCCUGGAAGUUUGUCAAAGACAACUGGGAGGAGCUUCACAACCGCUACCAGGGCGGCUUCCUCAUAUCACGGCUCAUCAAGCUCUCUGUGGAUGGAUUUGCCAUUGACAAAAUGGCUGCUGAAGUGAAGAGUUUCUUCGAGAGCCACCACGCGCCGGCGGCCGAGCGCACGGUGCAGCAGUGCUGCGAGAACAUUCUCCUGAAUGCCGCCUGGCUCAAGCGCGAUGCCGACGACAUUCACCAGUAUCUACUGAAGCGCAAAGCUCCCCCGGUCUGAACAACCCAAUCUCCCUUCCAGUCCCCCCCUUCCAGCGCGGACCUCCCUGCAUCAUAGCUGCCUCGGCCCCCCUUCUCAGUCCAUAGAUGGAGAGCGAGCAUACUCAAAGCAGGCUUAAUUUCUCUAAAAGGAAAAAAAAUACAAAUGACGACGACGACGACGUCAACAAACAAGCCAAGAAUUUAACCAAGCGUUGAAAAAGAAAAGAGACUCUUAUCCAUAAAUAACAAAGCAAAUUCAUUUGUCUGACAAAGAAUGUAGUUACCCCCAUUCUGCCCAUCGGAAGAUGAUACAUGAGUUAGGUUACUGGGGUUUAACACUCCCAGAUAUGAUUUGUGUAAUGGCUAUCCCAGUGUGCGUCCCAAAUGGCACUCUAUUCUCUAUUAGUGCACUAUUUUUGACUUGAGCCAAAUGGGCCCUAGUUAGUGCACUUUACAGGGAAUAGGGUGCCAUUUGAGAUGCACCCCCAAGUCUGAGUGCAUGCUCACACUCCCGUACAGUUACGACACGCAAAACAUAAACACUUGCAUACACACACAACCUUGCAUUGUAGUUUGAAAACUGUGAAUUUCUUUCUUUUUCUCAUCUCACUCCUACUCUAUGGAGAAAAAAAGCAUGAAUAAUAUGAUAUAUCCCGUGUUGCUGUUUUUGUUCACUUUGUUUGUUUUCUGUACAAACAAAUUAUUUUCUUUCUUUUUUUCCGCCAUCGGCGUUUCGCAGUUGCUGGUUUUUACCCAACAGGCGUUGUGUUUGUGUAAGAGCACAGCUGGGCAGAAUGGGGUUAAUAUAGCGUGUGAUGUUUUGUUGGCGGUAGUUAAAUGAACUCAUGGCACUGAUCUCCAUCUCUACUAACGGUUAGGACAAAAGGCGAGCAGCGCUAGCAUGGUACUACAUGUAUACUGUAUAAUGCAAGCAUUCUUGCAAAGAUGUUCCACAAAUCUGAAUAGCGAUGUUCAUCGUUACCUUACCCGCCCCUCUCUUCCCCCUCAAUCCAUCAUCCUACUCUGGCAUUUGAUACAUACCAUCCCAACAUCAACCCCCCCUCUUCAGUCGCCUGUAUUCUCAGCCCUCUGUAGAGUUACAGAAUGAUGUAUAGUAUGGCAAAUGACAAACAUGCAUAUUUAAAUUGUUUCUUCAUCUGCCACGUUAUAUACAAAAUUAUGUCUUGUUUUCAAAAACCUGUUUUUAUAAGAUGCAGUGACUUAUUUUAACAUUGAGGAAAAACUUUCAUUUAUUCUAAAGAAUUAGUAAAACAACACUACUUGGGCCUUUUUAGUGCAGUUAACACCAGGAAACUUUAGUGUAAAAACUUUAAUGAUGUACUGGCCCAGUUUGAACUUUGAAAUGAUAGGAUUUACUUAACACUGCUAUUGAACUCCGAAGCCUUAAAUUGGUAAAGUGGUUUGCAAUAAUUACACUGAAGUGGGUGAUAUUCCACUGCAAAGUUCAAAAUAUUGUUUCGAACAUGACAGAUCUACACACAGACUUGUUGAACGAGUAUAUCUAUAUAGAAUUUGAUGUGGCUUUGAAAACAUUUACCGGAGAAGAUCAUCAAACUAAUUGUCACUCUUUCCCUGGAACAUUUGUUGUGCUUUCGUUUAAAAAUACAGUUGGUGUUCAUUAAAGUUUAAAAAAAAAAAGACUUCAACAAUAUGAAACUAGUACAGUUGAUUUAUGAUUGAGGUGUGUGUGUGUGCAUGCCUGGAAGUGGAAACCAGUUUGAUAUGUAAUUGAACAAUUACUAAUACAAUUUAAUACAAUUUUGUAUGAUCCUAAUAAGCAAAAACAUGAUCAUAAAUAGAUUACAAAUGGUUCUAGUAAAACCUGCAAUAGAAAUGAACGCUGUACAUAAUUAAAGUUGACCUAAAUGAGAAUAAAGGAAAUGGGUAUGAUGUGUAGAUGGAGGGAAGUAAAAUCAGUCUGUACAUGUUGUUUCACAAGGUGUCUGUAAACUUGCGGUGGUGGAUUUUGGUAUGUCUGAGAUUUACAUGCUGUUAUAUUUUCGUUGCAGUAUUACGCUGCAGUCCAACGCUUUGUGGUAGUGAGUGGAAAAAAUGACUCCGUUUUUCAAACACUGAAUGAUCAAACUUAGUUUUGAAUGUCGCAUUGCUGCCGAGAAAAAAUGGGGGGAAAACUUUAUUGGCAGGACGGCUGUGACGCUGGUGUUGCCAAAGCAGAAAUUAAGAUGCAGUACAAUAAAGUAACGUGGUAAUUAA